AUGCCUGAGUCUCCUCUCAGUCCCCCGGCAGCCCGUCAAACCACAGCCAGCAGCCUCCUCAGCCACACAGACGUCGGUGCAGGAGAGAGAGCAGCUAAUGGGGACUCCUGCAGUAGAGUGAGUGCUGAAAACUGGCAGAGUCUCCACCGUAAACAGGUGUUUCUGGCGAUGAUGGCUCCUCAGCAGAUGCAGCAGCUCCUAUCCCCAAACCAGCUGCAGGCUCUAAUCCACCAGAAGCAGCAGGCCCUUCUGCUACAGCAGCAACAUUUGAAGGAGUUUUACAAGAAGCAACAACAGAUUCAUCUGCAGCUGCUUCAACAAAAGCCCAGCAGGAAAGUCAAAGAGCUCCCUGCACAGCAGCUUGUGUUCCAGCAGCUCCUCCAGCUACAGCAGCAGCAGCAGCAGCAGCAGCUCCUCCGGGUGCAGAGACCCAUCCUGUCCUCUGCUGCCCUCCCUCCAGGUUUCAGCCUGGUGGAGAUGCAGCAGAUAUGGAAGGAGCUCACAAAUGGAAUAACCGAAAAUAAAAUGACAUCGAGGGCCAGUCAGGACUCCUCUGCUAACAGCAUAAUGUCCUCCGAAGUCACAGGGAGGCAGAGCAGGGACCAGCAGUCUGCUUCUCCUCGCAGGGCAGAAUGUGCCGUCAAAGCUGAUCGCGCUGCCACACACACUCUCUACUGUCACGGUGUGUGUAACUGGCCUGGAUGUGAGUCGCUGUGUGAAAACUUCAGCCAGUUCAUCAAGCACAUAGGCAGGGAGCACACUCUGGAUGACAGAAGUACAGCGCAGUGCAGAGUCCAGAUGCAGGUUGUGCAGCAACUUGAGCUUCAGCUCUGCAAAGAACGGGAGCGUCUGCGAGCGAUGAUGGCUCACCUGCACCUGCCAUCCUUAGAGUCUCAGUCGAUCUGACCCACGAGUGGACGGUCGCAACGAUCUGAUACGGCCGCUGACCCACACCUUCAGCUCUGGUCAGUUUCUGCCAGUGACAACCUGCCCUCGCUGAGCCCCUCAGACUCCCCCCAGGUGUCCCCUCGAACUCUGGCUCCUGUCAGUACUUCAUUCCAGGGCAGUGAAGAAGAUCUGCCCAAUCACACGUCAAGUGCUGGGGCCAUACGAAGUCGCCAUCACCCUUUGGUCUACUCGCUGUCCUCAGAAAAUGAAUAUGAGCUCUACAAGAACAACGAUAUCAGACCGCCUUUCACCUAUGCAACACUGAUAAGACAGGCUAUAAUGGAAACAUCGGACAAGCAGCUGACACUGAACGAGAUUUACAACUGGUUCACGCGGACGUUCGCUUAUUUCAGACGCAACGCCGCCACUUGGAAGAACGCAGUGCGCCACAACCUGAGCCUGCACAAGUGUUUUGUGCGUGUGGAGAAUGUGAAAGGCGCCGUGUGGACGGUGGACGAGGUGGAGUACCAGAGGAGGAGAUCCCAGAAGAUCACAGGGAGUCCAUCGGUGGUUAAAAAUGCGUCCUCUAACCUCGAUUAUGGGACCGUUGUGAACGGCAGCUUACAGAUGGCACUAGCUGAGGCGUCACUUCCAGGAUUCAAGGAGUGUGUCAGCACGAGUCAAAUAGAGGAGAACAAAACAACAAACAGCCACAGUAAACAAAACCUCUCUACAAGAGUCCAGCAAUCUCUUUUCCUGAAAGAUGAAGCUCUGAGUCGGAAUGAGGAAGACUCUCUGAUGCCAGCAAUCAAUGCAGCCGGUCUGCAGCAGGACGUCACCGAAGAAGACGAAGAGCAUUGUUUGACCUUGGAUGACAGAGAACAGUUUCAAAACAAUCAGAUUGGAAAGCAGUAAGGUUAGCCUUCCUCGAACAGAAGUCAGAGUAGACCACAGUUUACAUAUUAUACCGUCUUUAGGUCAUGUUAACCUUCAGUGUGUGGUGUCAGCAAAAUAUUUGAUCAAAUUCAAGCUACAGUUGAAAUAUUCUGAAACGUGGUUCCGUAUAAGGCAGAUAUAUAUUCAUACACAUGAAAAAUGUUCAGAUUUCAUUGAUAAAUCUGCAGCUGUCCACGUUUAACUCUGAAAUUGAAGCCCUUAAUAAAAGGAAGAGGAAAAUACAGUUACAUUGUUUUUUCAUGUUGGCCUAUUACUUGAUUAUUUUCCCAUCAAAUAGGGGUUUAAGAAAACUGUUUAAAGUUAGUUAGUCAGAUAAAAGACAAGAUAAACACUAAGAGAUUAAAUGUAUUUAAAGCUGUAUAGUUGGGGACUUCAAAAGCUGUCACAUUUAACCUACAGUUGAGAACAUUUUUCCUUUUUGUUUUAAAAACCUGGCCAAAAAAGUGCAUCAUGAUAAGCAUUAGCGUGAAUGAAGUAGAAAUGGAUGAAAAAUGAAUAAAAUAUAGUUGGACGCUGAUGGAUAGGAUAAAUGAUGUCUUCUUUUCAUCAUUAAGAAAGAUUCUACUAUUUUAUUUGCAUUUGCUUUUUUUUUACUACUUGAUAGAGAACGAACGUGUCGUCGGUCUACUGUGAAAUAACACGGGAUGAAUGUGAGAGCCACAUUACAGCGGAGAGACAGAUGUUCCGUGCUGACGGUUUUCUGUUGAUGAAAUAUUUGAUAACACAGUGUGUGCUGUGGCUUCUCUCUGUUGUCUCAUCCGUCUGCUGAAGGUGUUUUAUUGUGUGUUUUCCUGUUUCUCUCUCUGUGUGAAACUUAUGAAAUAAAGAUUGUGCCAAACAUUCCACUUUUAUACCAUUUUCAGUGUUUACAUUAGAAACUGUGCACAUACAACUCUGUAUUUAUGAACAAA